UUCAGAAUGAAGCCUUUAUUUUAUCAUCAGUAAAUUAACGAAUAUUUAUAAUAACGAAUAUAGUCCUCUUUAUUAUCGACUAAAUUGGCAAGUAAAAAUAACAAAAGAGAAACACUACGUUUCGACUAUUAAUUCAUUAAUUUAUUAAUCGAGGAAAAGACAAUGUACCGAAUGGACAACAAACGGGAGUAGUUUAUAAAAUUCACUGUUUGGAUUGUGAUUCUUGCUACAUAGGACAGACUAAAAGACACCUACAAACACGAAUUACACGAAUUAUUGAAAGUAAUCAUUCAGUGGUCAAUAAACAUAGAUCUCUUAAUAAUCACGAUUUUGAUCGAGAAAACGCAAAAUUUUUACAUUAUGAAAGACACACGAAGAAAAGAGAAAUUGCGGAAAUGUUUCAUAUUAAAAGACAAUGCUAUCAACCUACAAAAAGAUACAGAGAACCUGCCUGUUAUUUAUGAGACUUUAUUUUGAAAAACAUGUGAGUUCACCUUACUUGUUUGGCUGCUGUAAUGGAGUACAGACAUGCUUUUUGGAAGUUAAAGAUGUUUUAAGAAACUAAGUUAUCUUCUGCUAGUAAGUAAAGAUACUGUUUAAAUCCAUUGGUUUAUUAAAUGAAUUGAUAAUUAUUCUUCUUUGUAUUUUAACUUUUAGAGGAUGACUUUUUCACGCUGCUUAUUUAAGAGGACUUAGAAUAAAAAUAUAUAAAAUGAAACACUAAAAAUAAUCUAAUACAAAAAUAAAAAUAUUAAUAAUACCGACAUGUUACAUUCGGCUAAGUUAUGACUUGGACAUGAGCGGCGUGUUCUGUACGUGACUUCACUCGAAAUAUAAUAAUAAAAAUAAUCUAAUAGAUGUGCCGAUAAAACAUAUAAAAAUAAUGAACAAAAUUAUCUAUGUCUAAAAUUCAACAGUGUAGCACGCUUUGCGAACGCUCAACGUUUUAUCUCGAAAUAACUGAUAAUCAAAAUUUCAUUAUCUCCUGUCGCGUGAAUGUAUCACGAGCAUACAUUGUUGCUUGCCGAGUAUAAAGUAAAUGGAGAGAACGGGAAAACGGUCUUUCUCCCCAGUCGUGCGACUAUCUGGACAUAACCAUGCUGACGGUCGUUCUAUUCCUUGCGUGCGUCACCUGGACGAUCGCGAGCCCGAUCAACGCUGGUGAUGGUUACUGUACAAUCUCUACAAGGUACAAGAACGGCGAUCUUAAAGAACCACAGCCGUUGCUCCUGAAACGGGACGGCAAACGCGCGACCAUCUGGUAUCCAGAUGAGGAUAACGGAACGUUGAGGAUACCUGCGGGCAGCUCUAUUCACCUGGCAUGCCCAGGUAGAAAUAAUUACCUUGUGGAUGUAAGUUGGGGUAAUGAGGUCGAGGCGGUUUGUGUGAAGGAUAAGGUGUUCGACGUGAAUGGGGUGCGCCACAACUUCGCGUCCUUAGUUUGCAAAUAUGAGGCUGAGCACCAAGCCAGACAGAUGGGCACGUCGUCUUGCCUCAGCAUGCACACCCCCAUUGAGAUCGGCUUCAACGUGAGCGGCAGCUUCAUCCGCACCAUUGAAUUAUGUCGUGACGAUAGGACGUACAAGACGUACUACACGAAGUUCAAGAUGCUGAAGUCAAUCAGAAGUGCUCAGAGCGGUUAUCCCAGGCCCAGAUUCCAAGCGGGUGAGUUCUAUCCCGGGAUAGACCUGGACCAACUAUACCGGUUCGAGACACAACUGGAAACGCUGGCGAGGAUUCUGAAUUCGACCGAGUUAGCCAGGCAACGGCUGAAGAAGUCCGUACAGUUCCUGUCACGCGGUCACAUGGCGGCCAAGGCGGACUUUGUCUACGGUAACCAGCAGCGCGCGACCUUCUGGUACAUGAACACCGCACCCCAAUGGCAGUCGUUCAACGGCGGCAACUGGAACACGCUGGAGGCCAACGUCAGGCAAUUCGCCGCCAGCCGUCAGCUGGACCUGGACGUUUACACAGGGGUGCACGGUCAGAUGACGAUGGAGGAUAUUCACGGCAGGCAACAACCCGUGCGUCUGCACGCCAACAGUGAGGUCCUCUCCGCGCCCAAAUUCUACUGGAAGGUCAUCUACGACCCGGUGAGCAAGCGAGGUACGGCGUUCGUAGGCCUGAACGAUCCGUUCAUCAGAUCGAUCACCUAUGACGUAUAUCUCUGCACGGAUAUCAGCGAUAAGAUCAAAUGGCUGGAUUGGGAAGCCGAUGACAUCACAGCUGGCAUCUCGUACGCAUGCAGCGUCGACGAUCUGAGAAGGGCGGUGCCCCACAUGCCCAAGCUGGAUGUGAGCGAAAUCCUAAUGUGAUCGAGAUCGGACUUAUCGGGAUCGUGGCUCUCGUCCUUGCGACGCACGCUGCCAUGGAUGAAUUCUCGCGAUGUUAAAAGAUUCUAUUUAUUAUAGGCUUUGUACUUGAAUGAAAUGUCUCGUGCGUCUCGAAGCAGAGCAGAGCGUAACGCGAAACGAAACGAGGUACGACGAAGACAAUGCGCAAGCGAAAAACGGAAAGCUUACCAACGAAAACGGAUUGCGACACGUCGCGGUGUACUGUGCGCUAUAUUAUGUAUACGGUGCCAGGAGAGAUGUCUAACGCGAGAGUCUGUUGGUGGAACCAGCAGCAUCGGAGCAUCUUACUAAACAUGCUAAGCAGAUACUUUAUCUUGGAUACUGGCGAGAUGUCGAUAACACGAAGGCAACAGCUUCGUGCAUUCGAGAUACUGAAUACAGAUGUUGGCGGCUGACUGCUUUCGUGAGGUACGAGAGAUUCUGUGUUUUUAAUAUUAUAUAUAUAAUAUUAUAUGUACAUAUACUCACAUUUAAUUAUACUCAAACUUUCGAUUAUUCGCGGCGAUGGUUUUUUCGACAAUCCCAAAACACAAAACGAUGCGGAAUUUCCGGCGAAAGAAUUAUUAUAAGUGAUACCGUGUUUAAUAUCGAGGAAGAUUUAAUAUUAGCGCGCGUCUCAAGAUCUCAAAUUUAGAUGUAAAUGGUCAUAGCUAUAGCUAUUAAUUGGGCGCAAUCGGAAAUCGGGCAAAGUUUGCACGGAAUACAAACCACAUUGAACCGCAGUGACCCGUAUGUUAGUUGGCCGAAUUCCAAAAUGUGCUUGGGGUAUGUUAGGGCUCCUUAAGAAGAAAUGACUUGAAAUGAAGGCGUCGUACAGACCGCAAUCGGUGUAGCGUGAGGAUACAAGCACUCGUUGAAAUAAAUUGUUCUGAAAAAAUUACUACUUUUCAAAGCCGAAAGGAAGAAGGAUCGCUUGACUGUGACAACAUGACAGAUGGUAUCAAAAGAAAUUAUAAAAUUACGUGCAAAUCCGAGACACGAGUCAGCUUCAUCUUGAUAACGUAAAGCAGAAUUUAUUUAAAAAACUAUUUAUUUAUGAAACUUUGAGAAUUUAAGGUCGUUAUUUGCGUGACAUAAUUUUACGAGGACGCAGAGUCUCUCGCAUAAAAGGUACUGCAUACUUUUUUGCAGACCGAAAAAAAAUAAUUGAAUGUGUUUAUUUGACAUAAAUUCUCGUUAGAAUCGUCUAACGAGAUAUUAGAUUGUUGGAACAAUCAAAUUAGAAUCCCCAUUUUACAAACAGAAUAUAAAUAUUAAUUGCGAGCGAUGUAUUAAAUAAUGAAAGAAAAAUUGUAACUCUUUCAGCUAUCAUCUUAUAUUUUUACGAUAACGUUAUAUGUUAUAUUAUUAUAAUAUAUGUAUGUAACAAUUAUUAUAUAUAAUAUAUGUUAUAUUAUUAUAACAGAGAAGGGACAUAGAUAACAAGUGCAUGUGCAUAUUCUCCAAAAUUCGAAAAACAUAUGGUUCAAGAGUCAUCGUAUGAUCAAUAUUCACUUUACGGUUAAUUCGAUUAUACAAUUAUAGGUCGGAAUGAAGUGCUUUGAUGAAUUAAUACCAGCGUUUAAAUACCAAGUAUAAAAGUCAAAUGUUCAUUAAAAAACGCCACCAAUUAACGAAUGUAGAUCAUAAUUCUGUCGUUUAUUUUAAAUUCUAUUAAAACGUGUUUCGCAGCUAU